AUGCAAGUUCACAUAGCUCCAUCAAUUCUUUCGGCAGAUUUUGCUACUCUUGCACAAGAUUGCAAAGUUGUUACAGAUGCUGGUGCUGACUGGAUACACGUUGAUGUUAUGGACAAUCACUUCGUUCCAAAUUUAACUAUCGGUGCACCUGUCGUUGCUUCACUUCGUAAGCACACAACAAGUUUUCUUGAUGUACACCUUAUGGUCGAGUAUCCAGAACAGUAUAUUGAGCCAAUGGCCAAAGCCGGUGCUGACCAAUUUACUUUCCACAUUGAGGCUACAAAGGAUGCAUCUGCUCUCAUCGAUGCUAUUCAUGCUAAAAAAAUGAAAGCCGGUAUUUCCGUUAAGCCAAAGACCCCUAUUGAGUCAAUUUAUCCAUAUCUUGAUAAGGUUGAUAUGAUUCUUGUUAUGACAGUAGAGCCAGGCUUUGGUGGUCAGUCCUUCAUGGCAGAUAUGAUGCCAAAGGUCUCUGCCUUGCGUAAGAAAUGCCCACAACUCGAUAUCGAAGUUGACGGAGGCCUUUCUCCAAAGACAAUCGAAACAGCCGCUGCCGCUGGUGCUAACUGCAUCGUUGCAGGCAGUGCCGUCUUCGGAGCUAAAGAUAUCCCAUUGGUUAUCAAGCAGCUUCGCGAGCCAGUCGAGAAAUACAUCGCCGAAAAGUGGGCAAAUCUUCAAUAA